GCGUUUGUGUGAUUGACAGUAUUGCUGUCCAAUGAAAAAACAGGCCCGUCUAUAUGAAAGGUGUCUAAUGAUAGUGCAAUGGAGGUGAUCAAUUUCAUGUGUUUGGAGAGAGUGUAUUGGAUUGUUUGCGACCAUGGAAUACUCCAGAAGGCGACCAUUUGCGGCUAUUGUGUCUGCAAUCCUUCUCCUACGUUUGAGGCGUAGGAGAGAGAGCAGGCGACGCUUCUGGGUCCAUCCUGUCAUUGCCAACCGACAGGAAAGGGGACAGUUCUGGGCACUGUACGAGACCCUCCGGGCCCAUGAAGACAAAUUUUGGGCAUACACGCGGAUGUCCAUCACCAGCUUUGAUGAGCUCCUGGGGUUGUUGGGCACCCAUUUACAACGUCAGGACACAUUCAUGCGGGACAGUAUUCCACCAGCGGAAAGACUGAUCAUAACUUUGCGCUAUUUAGCUACAGGCCAAUCGUUGACCAGUCUGCACUACGCCUUCCAGAUCGGGAAAUCCACAGCCAGUGUGAUUGUGAGGGAAACCUGCAGCACCAUUUGGCAGGUCCUUCAUGCUGUUGUGAUGGGCCAACCAAACAAGGAGGAGUGGAUGAAAAUAGCGGAUACUUUUCAAAAUACCUGCAAUUUCCCAAACUGUGUACUCACGUGCAAACAGUUGAACCAUUCUCCAAUCAAGAAGAAGAUAUUCCUUCAAGUCCAGAUCGCACAAGGCAUCUGUUACCAGCAAUAA